UUUCCCCGGUUCCUUCGGGUGAUUUAACUCUUUACAAGCCCCCGGCUCCCACUUGCAAGCCUGGCUCCUGGCCAGCAGGCUGGGCAGAGGGAGCGGGGAGGUUCUUGCUCUCAGAAGCAGUGGGACUUGGGAGAGGGAAGGAGCAUCCCAGGAAAGGGGUCCUGAGUGGGGAAUCCCAGCACCUGCGACUGUUGCCAUCCAUCCGCCUGCUGUGGCCCUGACAGCGCCAGGCAUUGCGGCUUUGACUUAACCGCGAAGGAAGGAUCUGGUCUGGAGACAGAUCACCAUGAGGACCUAGGGCAUCUGCCUGCGGACUGUCCCCCCAGCUGGCCGUGACCAUGGCCCCCCGCAAGAGGAGCCGCCAUGGCCUGGGCUUCCUGUGCUGCUUUGGGGGCAGCGACCUCCCUGAGAUCAACCUCCGGGACAACCACCCCCUGCAGUACAUGGAGUUCUCCAGUCCUAUCCCCAACCCAGAGGAGCUGAACGUGUGCUUUGCAGAGCUGGUGGAUGAAUUGGACCUCACCGACAAAAACCGGGAGGCUGUGUUUGCACUGCCACCUGAGAAGAAAUGGCAGAUCUACUGCAGCAAGAAGAAGGAGCAGGAGGAUCCCAACAAGCUGGCGACCAGCUGGCCUGACUAUUACAUCGACCGCAUCAACUCCAUGGCCGCGAUGCAGAGUCUGUACGCGUUUGAUGAGGAGGAGACGGAGAUGAGGAACCAAGUCGUGGAAGACCUGAAGACGGCCCUCCGGACACAGCCCAUGAGGUUUGUGACCCGCUUCAUCGAGCUGGAGGGCUUGACCUGCCUGCUGAACUUCCUCCGGAGCAUGGACCACGCCACCUGUGAAAGCCGCAUCCACACCUCCCUCAUCGGCUGCAUCAAAGCUCUGAUGAACAACUCCCAGGGGCGGGCACACGUGCUGGCACAGCCCGAGGCCAUCAGCACCAUUGCACAGAGCCUGCGCACAGAGAACAGCAAGACCAAGGUGGCCGUGCUGGAGAUCCUGGGCGCCGUGUGCCUGGUGCCUGGCGGCCACAAGAAGGUGCUGCAGGCCAUGUUACACUACCAGGUGUACGCAGCCGAGCGGACGCGCUUCCAGACACUGCUGAAUGAGCUGGACCGAAGUCUGGGCCGGUACCGAGAUGAAGUGAAUCUGAAAACAGCCAUCAUGUCCUUUAUCAACGCUGUCCUCAAUGCCGGCGCUGGAGAGGAUAAUCUGGAGUUCCGUCUUCAUCUACGGUACGAGUUCCUGAUGCUGGGGAUACAGCCUGUGAUUGACAAACUCCGGCAGCACGAGAAUGCCGUCCUGGACAAGCAUUUGGACUUCUUCGAGAUGGUCCGGAAUGAGGAUGACCUGGAGCUAGCCAGGAGGUUUGACAUGGUCCACAUCGACACCAAGAGUGCUUCCCAGAUGUUUGAGCUGAUCCACAAGAAGCUGAAGCACACAGAGGCCUACCCCUGCCUGCUGUCUGUCCUGCACCACUGCCUGCAGAUGCCCUACAAGCGGAACUUCCAACAGUGGCAGCUCCUGGACCGCAUCCUCCAGCAGAUUGUCCUCCAGGACGAGAGGGGUAUGGACCCUGACCUGGCUCCUUUGGAGAACUUCAACGUCAAGAACAUCGUCAACAUGCUCAUCAACGAGAAUGAAGUGAAACAGUGGCGAGACCAAGCGGAGAAGUUCCGGAAAGAACAUGCGGAGCUGGUGAGCAGGCUGGAGAGGAAGGAGCGGGAAUGCGAGACCAAGACAUUGGAGAGGGAAGAGAUGAUGCGGACACUGAACAAGAUGAAGGACAAGCUGGCCCGAGAAUCCCAGGAGCUGCGCCAGGCUCGGGGACAAGUGGCAGAGCUGGUGGCCCAACUCAGUGAAAUCUCAACAGGACCUGUAUCUCCCCCCCCUCACCCUGGGGGCCCACUUACCUUGUCUUCCUCGCUGACAACCAGUGACCUGCCUCCACCCCCGCCCCCUCUACCAUUCUCCUGCUGUCCCCCACCGCCACCACCCCCCCUGCCCCCCGGUGGGCCUCCCACUCCCCCUGGUGCCCCACCUUGCUUCAGCAUGGGCCUGCCCCUCCCCCCAGACCCCUUCCCCAGCAGUGAUGUCCCGCUCAGGAAGAAGUGUGUCCCCCAGCCUUCACACCCACUGAAGUCCUUCAACUGGGUCAAGCUGAAUGAGGAACGUGUCCCUGGCACCAUAUGGAAUGAGAUUGAUGACAUGCAGGUGUUUCGGAUUCUGGACCUCGCGGACUUUGAAAAAAUGUUUUCAGCUUAUCAGAGGCAUCAGAAGGAGUUGGGCUCCACGGAGGACAUCUACCUGGCCUCGCGCAAGGUCAAAGAGCUGUCGGUCAUUGACGGCCGGAGGGCGCAGAACUGCAUCAUCCUUCUCUCCAAGUUGAAGCUGUCUAACGAGGAGAUCCGGCAGGCCAUCUUGAAGAUGGACGAGCAGGAGGACCUCGCUAAGGACAUGCUGGAGCAGCUCCUCAAGUUCAUCCCAGAGAAGAGUGACAUUGACCUCCUGGAGGAGCACAAGCAUGAGAUAGAGCGGAUGGCCCGUGCGGACCGCUUCCUCUAUGAGAUGAGCAGGAUUGACCACUACCAGCAGCGGCUGCAGGCCCUCUUCUUCAAAAAGAAGUUCCAGGAGCGGCUGGCUGAGGCCAAGCCCAAAGUGGAAGCCAUCCUGCUGGCCUCCCGGGAGCUGAUCCGCAGCAAGCGUCUAGCUCAGAUGCUAGAGGUCGUCCUGGCCAUCGGCAACUUCAUGAACAAAGGGCAGCGUGGGAGCGCCUACGGGUUCCGGGUGGCCAGCCUCAACAAGAUUGCCGACACCAAGUCCAGCAUCGACAGAAACAUCUCUCUGCUCCAUUAUCUGAUCAUGAUCCUGGAGAAGCAUUUCCCUGACAUCCUGAACAUGCCCUCUGAGCUGCAGCACCUUCCAGAAGCCGCCAAAGUCAACCUGGCAGAGCUGGAGAAGGAGGUGGGCAACCUCAGGAGGGGCCUCAGAGCAGUCGAGGUGGAGCUGGAAUAUCAGAAACGCCAGGCGUGGGAUCCAAACGACAGGUUUGUCCCGGUCAUGAGCGACUUCAUCACGGUCUCCAGCUUCAGCUUCUCAGAGCUGGAGGACCAGCUCAAUGAAGCCAGGGCCAAGUUCUCCAAGGCCCUGAUGCACUUCGGAGAGCAGGACAGCAAGAUGCAGCCGGAUGAAUUCUUCGGCAUCUUCGACACCUUCCUGCAGGCCUUCUCGGAGGCCCGGCAGGACCUGGAGGCCAUGCGGAGAAGGAAGGAGGAGGAGGAACGACGGGCGCGCAUGGAGGCCAUGCUGAAGGAGCAGCGGGAGCGGGAGCGGUGGCAGCGCCAGCGGAAGGUGCACGCGGGCAGCGCGCUGGACGAGGGCGGCGAGUUUGAUGACCUGGUGUCCGCCCUGCGCUCGGGCGAAGUUUUCGACAAGGACUUGUGCAAACUCAAACGCAGCCGCAAGCGGUCAGGGAGCCAGGCCCUGGAAGCCACCCGGGAGCGGGCCAUAAACAGGCUAAACUAUUGACCUGGGGACUGGCUGCAGCGGGAGGCUGGAAGACAGGGAUGGGCCCAGGGCGGUAGAGUGGAGGAGGCCGUGCUAGUGAUACUUACACAAUUCGGUGCUGGAUUUAGAGCCCUGGGCUGGGUCCUGGGGGCGGGGCUGCAUGGCAGGACCCGGUGUCUCCCCACCUGAAGGGGCUCCCCUCCUCUCCUCUUCCCAUUGUUCUUCCUGCACCCUGGCCCCAGGGGUCACUCUCUGAGGCGGACUUGGCCAUCCCUGGCCGGCCCUGCUCCCUAACCCCCAGCAUGGACACCCAAAUGUUGGCACAGAGCCGUUCCAUAUCUAGCCUGGAGAGAGGUCCACGGACCUUGUCCAGAUUUCACGUGCCGUGGGGAGUAAUGGGCGGGGGCAUCCAGGCUCCCAUCUCUCAAGAGUAGGCUUAAUGGAAUGUUGAUCUGGGGCGAAGUUUCCUAUUGAAAGGAAGAGGCAUGACAUAUGCUAGCUAGAUGUGUUCCAGGAAAAAAAAAAAAAAGAUGCUGGGAGGAUGAUGCAGGGACCAAGUCAUCAGGACAGGGUGUCAGUGCCUGUUUCCUACAUCACGAGCCUCUGGCCCCUCUCCUGCAUGUCUUAAGUCUCUCUCCCUUCCCCCCUGCCAUCUCUAUCCUAUACUAAUCCAGCAUCCCAGAAAACUCACCUUUGGAUUCUCACGACUAGGGCUCACUAUCAGGUACUUGAUGGAUCUGGUAAGGGAAGGGCUUCAAGAAAGAAGACCCCAUUCAUCACCACACCUCGUAUGUUGGGUACAGGGACCCUGGAAUGAAACUCUCCUUCCCCACCUCCACCCUGUACAACCUGACCAUUGUCUUGAGGCGAGACAGUGACCUCACGCGUUGGCUAGGGGUUCCAGAGGGCAGCACCUGAACGGCCAGCUCCACCCAGAGCGCCUAGGUUACCAGUGAACAUGACUCGGACCCCGUACUCCUCUGACACCUGCUGCUGAACAGAAGGCACAGUGACCUCCUGCUCUGUCCAGCCUGCAGGAGACACUUCCAACUGCGUUUGUCUGGCUGAGGUUGGCCCUGGGGCAUUGGUUCCAAGGGCUCCAAGGGCAAGAGCUGCCCUCUUCAGUUACAUGCCACCUCUAAGGGAGUAAGGGGACCUCCUCAGGGGCAUUCAGAUGGGGGGGGUGCCCAGAGCAGGCAGGGGUGGAAAGCUGAGGGGGUCCCACCCACCCCCAGCUCCGGGACCCGACUUGGUUCAACCGACUUUCAUUCUGGUUCUCCUGUCCGUUCUCACCUUCAUUCUGUCCACCAGGAGCUGUCCUUGUGGGACAGGAUGAUGGCUGGUAUCUACACAAAUUUUCUAAAAGGACAGAGGUGAGCUGAACUCCAUCAAGGCUCAUUUUUAAUACACUUCCAACCCUCCAGAGUUAACCCCUCAUCCUCUGUGUCUGUGAGGCCUGCCUGACCCUCCCUGCAACCCCACAUCCACAGGCUCCCUGCCCUCCUGUCCUCCUGCCCUUCCCUUUUAUGUUUCUCACCUUCUGACCUCCUCCUCCAGCUCAGGGUUAUUGCCAGUGGACAGACUGGUGGGCUGGGCCCACUCUUCAGCUGCCUAUCUUUUCUGGGGGUGAGACCAUAGUAGCUGCAGGGGAAGAAACACAGGGUUGCUGAGCCCAACAUGUGUGUUGGUUCAAGGGGGAGGGACUGAGCAAGUGUAAGCCUGGUCGGGACCGGUGUGAAGCAGCCAUCCUGGAGUCCAGGUGAGGGGAAGGUGAAGGCUUACCAGGAAGAGUGGCCGCAGAGCUGUGUGAUACCCACAAGCACCCGCUGGAAGAAGCCGGCGUUGGGACAAUGGGAAGGUUGUGGUGGGACCUCGCAGGGUCCUCCCCCAGACUGGCCGGGCCGAGGUCCACCUCACCCACUGGGACCGGGAAUAGGGAGGGCUCCACGUCUGGCCAACAGGCCUGCCCAAACCCCGGCAUUCCCACCCACCGUGGAAGGCUGGAUACGCACCAGGGAAGAAGGAAUAUGGAAGACGUUCGAGACACGUUGGAUCCACAGAAAAGCACAGUUUGGUUUAACUGUUUACAGAGGACACGUAUACGGCUUGUUCCAGGGCUCAGGCUUCUCACCUCUAAAGACUUUGCUUUCUCUAUUUAUUAUUUUUCUGGAUCUGGCCAGUGGCUCUGACACCAGACGCCGCUGUAGCCAGAUCGCCAACAGUGCCUUGGACCACAGACCAUCACGGCUGACUCAGCAGGAAGUGCCGGUGCCUUGGAGACGGCCGAGUUGGUCUCUGAUGUGCUCAAUGUUGACGCCUGUUGUAUUUGUUCCUUUGGUCGUUGCCAGGUGCCCUUCCUGCCACCUUUGGGUUCGCUUCUCAAGCUAAUUUUGUGUACAAUGUAAAAAUUCAGUUAAUCUGAUGCAACCUGUCCCCUUCUCAGCAGCGACAUCCGCUCCCCCUCCCCUGUGAGGGGAGGGAGGCGUGUUUAGGGCGGCGGGAGGAGAAAAUUCUCCGGGUGGAUGGGGAAGGAUCUGGUCCAGGCUCUUCCCCAACCCCAUCCUCUUUCCACCCUCUGGGGGAGCCGUGACCAUCCCCCCCCCCCACCUCUACCACCUCCACGCCAAGGCUGUUCUCACCAGCUGUUUCAGACGACAAAUGAGGCUAAUGUACAAAAUCUGCAGCGUCCUUUUCGCCUGCACCUUUUUUUUAUAAGAAUAUAUUGUAAUACUAAAAAAUAUUAAAUCCGUGCCACCCCUA